AUGACUUCGUUAAAUUCAACAGAAAUCAAAAGCGAAUCAGAAGAAUUAGAUACCAAAGAGAACAUCGACAUCGCGGAUCAAAAAAACGCCAUCAAAGAAGAAUGCAAAGAAGAAAUACCCGUAAAAUCCGACGACGACAAUUACGAAACAUCAUCCUCGGACGACGACGACGACGAAAAACACACAAAGCAAAAAUCCGAGAAAUUAAAAUACCCCUGCACGCUCUGCUCCGCCUCCUUCGAGAAAACGGUGCUCCUAAAGCGCCAUCUGCGCAUGCACCCGGAGGACAAAAAGUACAAAUGCAACGUCUGCAACCGCAGCUUCGGCCACUUCGGCCACUACAAGAGGCACAUGGUCAGCCACACCAACGAGAGGAACUUCAUAUGCGAGAUCUGCAGCAGCAGCUUCCGCCACGAGGACAACCUGAAGCGACACAUAUUGAUCCACACGGGCGAGAAGAACUACAGGUGCGCUACCUGCGGCAAGGCCUUCACGCAAAGCUCCUCGUUGAAGCAGCAUUACAUCACUCACAAUGGCGAGAAGAAAUUCAAGUGCGAGACGUGCCAUAAAAGCUUCAGCCGCUUGAACGCCUACAAGAAGCAUCUGUUGAUCCACACGGGCGAGAAGAAGUUCCAGUGCAACAUCUGCGGCAAGGCGUUUUACGGGAAACGCGACGUUAUUCGACACCGGGUGACUCACACCGGCGAAAAGAACUACAUCUGUCCCAUUUGCGGGCACAGCUUCGGGCACGAAAACUCGCUGAGAAUGCAUCUGUUGAUACAUUCCGGCAAAAGGAAGCACAAGUGCGCGAUUUGCGACAAAUCCUUCUUCACCAACGCCGCGCUCAAGUCGCACCAAAUCAGCCACACCGGCGAGAAGAACUACAAAUGCGAAAUCUGCCACAACAACUUCGCCUAUUUGAACACCUACAAGAAGCACAUGCUGACGCACACCGGCGAGAAGAAGUACAAAUGCCACAUCUGCGAGACCGCCUUCACUCAGAGCUACUGUCUAUCCAGGCACCUGAAGAUCCACACGAGAGAAAACUCAUCUGCGCCGAAGGUGCGCGAGCGGGAAAAGGCCGAAACGUUGGUGACUCGAGCCGGGGAGAAGAACUUUAAGUGCGAAAUGUGCGGCAGUACUUACGCCCAUCUGAAAAACUACAAGCGGCACUUGCUGGUGCACACCGAGAAGAAGUACAAGUGCAAGAUCUGCGAUAGAGGAUUCACCAGGAGCUUUUGCCUCAAGAGACACUAUAAGGUGCACGCGGAGAAGAAGGCUCAGAAACCGCCCACGCCGCCGCCCAUAGAACCCCAAUUAGAACCGCAAAUAGAAGAUAGAGAACUCGCCCAAUUGGGGGUUCUUCAAAUGCACGAAGGUGAUUUCAAAAUGGAAAACGUGGAUGUUAAAGUGGAUGUAAGAAAUGAAAGUGUAUCACAACAUAAUACCGAUUGGUCGACGGAUAUAAACUCUAAUACUCAAGAUAGUUUCAUGUUUACAAUAGACAAUUACGUAUCUAACACCGACGGUGAUGAUAAAGAUGAUGUGCAAUCGGAUUCUCAAGAAAUUCCUAGCGAAAUAAAAUCGGAAAACGAAGAAACAGUUAAACCCGACUUAGAAGUAGACAUUAAGAAACUACUAAACUACGAAUACGGCGGUAAAAAGAAAUUCACCUGCACCUUAUGCUUCCAAGUAUUCGAAAAAACUGUAGACUUGAAGCGACACUUACGAACGCACCCGGAGAAGAAAAAAUACAAAUGCAUCGGUUGCAACCAGAGCUUCGGCCACUACGGGCACUUCAAGCGGCACGUCCUCACCCACACCGGCAUCAAAGACUUCAUCUGCGAGAUCUGCAGCAAAGGCUUCCGCCUGGAGGACACCCUCAAGAAGCACCUGCUCAUCCACACCGGAGAAAAGAACUACAAGUGCCCCACCUGCGAGAAGACCUUCACGCAGAGCUCCACGCUGCGCCAGCACAUCGUCACGCACACCGGCGAGAAGAAGUACAAAUGCGGCACGUGCGGCAAGCAAUUCGGCCAGGUGAGCAACUACAAGAAGCACCUGCUGAUCCACACGGGCGUGAAGAAGUUCCGCUGCAACUUCUGCGACAAGGCCUUCUACGACACGGCCUGCCUGAAGCGCCACCGGCUGAUCCACACCGGCGAGAAGAACUUCACGUGCAACGUGUGCCACCGGAGCUUCAGCAGGGAGAAGUGCUUGCGCAGCCACCAGGCCAUCCACACCGGCGAGAAGAAAUAUAAAUGCGCUUUCUGCGAGAAAUGUUUCUACACCUACUCGGGGCUAAAGAGCCACGAGAUCAACCACACCGGCGAGCAGAAGUACCAAUGCGACACGUGCAGCAAGUGCUUCAUUCACAAGAGCAACUUCAAGAAGCAUUUGGCUAUUCACGAUGUCGAUAAGAAAUUCAAAUGCAUGGAUUGUGAUAAAGGAUUUUAUAGGAGCGAUCAUUUGAAGAAGCAUACUAUGCGAAUGCACAGCAGGAUCAUAGGAGGGGCGAAUUGCGACCUGCGUUAUCCAGAAAUCAACCACAAAUUCAUGCUAUCGUUGCGAACUUAUAACAAAGAAUUCGACUUCUACGAGCACUUCUGCGGCGGCACUUUACUCUCUUCUUACUGGAUCCUAACAGCCGGGCAUUGCUCCCAGCGCGAAGGCAUCUACGCCGUCGAAGCCUUCAGAAUAGACGACAUCGAAUACACCGGAAUCGCCACCGAGGUCUCGGCGAAGAUUCCUCAUCCGAAAUUCGACAACUCCACCAAUCGCCACGACAUCGCUUUACUAUUGCUAGCGACUCCUCUAUAUGAGAACGAAAAUGUCCAGUUCGUGUCGCUUCCGAAAUGCGAAUCGCCCCGUCCGGAUUUAUCCAGAACUUUGAUCGGGAACGAUUGCUCGCGAGCGACAGUGAUGGGCUGGGGCAGGAUUUCCAGCGACACCGAGGAGCAAUGGCUGCCGGCGAGAUUGAAAUGCGUGGAUUUGAAGGUGGCGAGUUUGGAGGAUUGCAGGGCAGCGCACGAAGUUCACAAGAGAAACAAGACGGUGUACGAUGAGAAUGUUUGCACGGAGGCCAGCACGACGGAGGAUUUCUGGAAAGGGGACUCGGGGGGGCCCAUGAUGUGCGGGGACGUGCAGUACGGGAUUGUAUCCUGGGGAUAUGGUGCUCGUGGUUACCCUUCUGUUUAUACGAGAGUCGAUCGGUAUUUGGGUUUCAUUCGCGACAACGUUUGUAGGGCCGAAGGUGCUUGAUAUAUCUCAUCAUUAUGAAAUGCGAGUGUAAGAUAAAAUAAAUGGCGAAACACCUGUAUGACAAAGCGUUCGUUUUUAAUUAAAGCGCCUGAUCAUUUAAUCGAAUCGAAAAUACUGAAAUAUUAUACCUUGUUUGUAUCUAUAUUCGAAUCCUUUGUUUAAAAAC